GAAUUUGCCUGAGUGGACCCGACCAAAAAUACCAUAAUUCUCAACACGGCUCCCCUUAUCCACAAUAAAUAAUUCAGCAGUUUAUGUGACCGAUGCAGCUGUAAUCCGGACAAUCUGUAAUUUGGCCUCUUUGGAACUGUAGCCCUGAUUCCGUGUUAGACAGGGCGGAGUGAGCGUGCAUGCAAUUUAGCUAUCAAGUUAGGUUUAACCGUUAUGUAGGAAGUUAGUGAAUGGAAACUACGCCACAGCUUCGUUCAAAGAAAUACUAAGGGGUAGCUACCUGGACGCUAAUGAUUACCUUACUAAUAAAUAUACAAAUGGAAAAAAAUCAGGGUGCGAUUUUUAACCAUCGCGUCUGUAGAUAGCUUGAUGGUAGUUAAUCUAGCCGUGCGGCCAUCUAAUUUAUUCAGCUAGCCAGCUAGUGCCAAAUCAACGUUCGCUAUUUAACCAGCUAACCAGUGCCAUUGAGCGUGUUUCGGCAGUUUCCUUGUUAUCCAAAACAAACACAGUGCGGACAAACUCACCGAUCUCUCUCCUCCUUUGAGUUUUCUCUGCACCGCCGUCUAAAAUAUUUAUAAGGCAGAGAUGCUUCCAGCACCUGGUGUUUUUCACUUUCCCUGGGAAAUCAGUUCCGGUGCCAUCCAGGAAGGAACAACAGUGAGAACAUUUGGCAGACUGAGGCAUUACCGGCCGGCCGAUUCACGGGCUACCCUGUCUUCUCAUUAUGCAGCGACCCAGCACCAAGUUGUCGUUCACACGGGCUUUGUGGAGCCUUUUCACCCCAUACUUGAGGCCCAGUACGUUGUUCUAGGGGAGCUGGAGAUCACUGAGGGGGAUGGUCUGAUGGUACGUGCUCGCGUGCUGAAUUGUGUGGAUGGAGUGGACCUUGCCAUACUACAGAGUGCCAUAAAUGAACAGCGAAGGUAUUUCUGUGAUAGAGGUGGAAAUGACAUUCAGCAACCCCCACCCUGAUAUAUUAGUGUGGAUUGUUUGUGGCCACUAUGGUGAUCAUAUAUUCAACAUUUUUAUAGCAAGACUGUAUUAAAAGUGCUUUUUAUACCAUUUUGUGUAUUAAAAUAUUUUUUAAAGGUUAGACCUAAUGUGCUUUCAUAACAUUUUGUGUAUUCAAAUAUUUUUUUAAGUAAAGGUCAGAUCUAAUAUAUGCACGCAAAUACCAGCCUAUAGCCACAACUUGAGUUUUGGGACAGUCGUAUCGAAUUUUUUUAAAAACAUUUAUUUAUUUAUUUAUUCAACUACAUUGAGCCAUAUUACAACAAUGGCAUUCAAUGAGUCAAGUCCCUCUAUUCCAAGUCUGCAUAAGUAUUGGAAUGACCAUCAAUUACCAUAUUACUGUAAUUAUUUAUAAAUGGAAAGCUAUGAGUGCAAGAGCAUGUGUUUUAUCCUUUGGAAGUGCUUAGAGUCUACUUUAUUGAUAAAAGAUACAAGACAACAAAACUGCAGAUGAGGACAAGAGAACUAAGUAUGAGAAACCAAGAAGGCUAUUGUGAGGAUGAAAGAAAAGAAAAAAUCAAUUAUAGCUAUUGCAGAAUGUUAGUUUUUUUUUUUUCUUUCCAAAGUAAAAGAUAUUGAGUGUCCCAAGGAAGAAACUAACUACUGGUGGUCCUAUGAAUCACCAGCAAUCAGGCUGUUUUUGUGGAAGACAUCAGCCAGUGA